AUGCAUGGGUACAUCGCACAACGCUGCAUGGCGGUCCACUUUCACUGCAGAAUUCAAGCCAUGGACUCCGACUCCGACUCCGACUACGAAUACUUGUCUUCUCCGGACCCAAAAAAGCAUUCACCACGUACACUGGUCCGCAAAAAGCAGCAGCGCAAAUUCCUCGAUGACAAGGUCCGCCUGGAACAGCAGCAGGAGGCUUCAGAGAGAAAGAUGGGCUUCUCUCCUUUUCGGCGGCAAGGACUGAGUUCAACUGCAAUGCCAUCAGGAUCUGAUAAGGCUUGGGCGACUGGGUCGAAUUGGGUGACAUAUCGACCAUGUGCACGUUCGGACGGGGAGACUGGCGGGUCAGCAGGUCAACUCGCCGCGGAUGGAGAUUUGCAGAGAUCUUGGAGGCACGAAUCGAGUCCGCUGGAAGGGACGUCUAGCUUAAACCAACUCCACAAGGACAGGACAUAUGCUUCGGAUGCAUACAGUGUGGUCAACAACCCGACCAGCUCUUCAGCCAAUUCUCGGACCAUCAACUUGUUCGAACAAGCGGGCAAAGCCCCAAAUGUCAACGCAGCAUCAUCGCAUGCAGGAUCUUCCAUGCGCUGUCCCUCGGAUGGCCACUCUCUCAGCGGCAAUGCUAUAUCUGCCCGACCACCUCCGCCUUUCUAUGCUCCACCUCUUGGCUCCGUGUCGGGUACAAUGGGACCUCCGCAACAUCAUAUUCAUCCCAGACGCCUAUCAACGCCGCCUUCGGGUCCACGUUUCACCGAGGAGGACGAUGUGGAUUUGUACGACAGCACUCCUCCGCGAGGUUCAGGUUGA